UAUGUAGUGUUUACUUCUGACUUCCACAUCCGAGAUACUCAGGGAACCUGUCGAGAUGAAGCUUCUGGGAAUCCUGCUUGUGCUCUCCGCUUUCACUUCCAAAGGUUAUUCAAUCGUAUGCAAAAAUUGUUGGCAUUUUGCAACAACACCAUGUACGGAACCAACUGUGUCAUGCCCAAAUGAUCAAAUUUGUGUUGCCGCCUUAACUAUGGUCAUAGAGGGAACUAAAAUUACACCACAAUAUUCCGUAUCAUGCGGAACACAGAGUGAGUGUAACGUCACUGGAAGCCUGAACUUCAUCUAUGGCAGGAUCUUGACUGGAACUUCAUGCUGCUCCACUGAUAACUGCGAUCCACCUACACCGCAACUACCAGUGGAGAGCUCAGUAAAGAACGGGCUGACGUGUCGGACCUGUUAUUCGGGCACAUCUGACUACUGUUAUACCGGAGAUAAAAUAGAAUGCACCGGGGAUCAGAAUAAAUGUGGACGUAUGGCUAGAACACUAACUGGAACAUUCAAUACGAAGGAUGCUACCCGUGGCUGCACCACUGAAAGCUUCUGUGGUAUACUGGGCAACAAGAAGGAUUCUAUCAAUGGUUUAAACGUUGACAUGGCGAUGUACUGCAGCGAUGGAGCAACCGGCCUCUACAGCGGACUUAUCUACUUCGUAAUUGUUGCCUUGCUGACCACACUGCUUUUUUAAAUGAGAAAAACAAGAAAGUUGUAACUGUUGAUUAUUUUCAUAAAGUUUUAAAGCAAAUUAAAAGCCAAAAAAU